AUGAUCACCCCGCUUGCCUCCUCCAAGACCGGUCCCCGCUGGGUUCCUCGCCGCCGAUAUGGGUUCCGCCGACGCGUCGCCCUCCUCGUGGGCCUCGGCUUAGUGAUCUGGACAAUGCUCCAAGUCCUCUCGAUUCACCACCAUAUCGCCCUCGUGGACGCUCGCCCUCCUCCCCCGCUACCCUCCGAUCGUAUAUUCAUCGCCAGUACUCAUUGGAAUAACGAGCGCAUCCUCCGAAGCCAUUGGAAUGACGCCGUCGUUGACCUGGUCCGGACCAUUGGCUCUGAGAACGUCUUUGUGAGCGUGUUAGAAAGUGGUAGCUGGGAUGACAGCAAGGGAGCUCUGCGCGAGCUGGAUACAAGACUAGACCGGCUUGGUGUGCGACGCAACAUCACUCUGUCCGACACAACACAUCAGGAUGAAAUCUCCGCUCCGCCCGGGCAUGAUGGCUGGAUCAAGACCCCGCGGGGACGGACAGAGCUGCGACGCAUUCCAUACUUGGCUCGGCUACGCAACUGGACUUUACAACCAUUGGAAGACUUGGCGCGACAAGGGAUCACUUUUGACAAAGUGCUUUUCCUGAAUGAUGUCGUGUUCACGGUCGACGAUGUAGCGACCUUGCUAAAUACCAAUGACGGGGUCUACGGGGCUGCUUGCUCCCUGGACUUCUCCAAACCCCCUCUAUAUUACGAUACCUUCGCCCUGCGUGAUUCCCAGGGCGAUGAACACGUCAUGCAGACCUGGCCAUACUUCCGCUCUGCCAACUCGCGUAGAGCACUCAUCAACAUGGAGCCAGUUCCAGUCAGAAGCUGCUGGAACGGGAUGGUGGUAAUGCCCGCCGCGCCUUUCGUGUCCUCACCACCACUGCGAUUCCGUGCUGUCCCUGACUCUCUUUCGCUAUCUCACCUUGAAGGCUCAGAGUGCUGUCUCAUCCACGCGGACAACCCUUUGUCACAACUCCACGGAGUCUACCUUAAUCCUCAGGUCCGCGUCGGGUACAAUCCAGAAGCGUAUGCUGCGGUGCAUUCGACUCGGGCAUGGUUCUCCUUGCAAAAUCUUGCCGUGGCUCUCUGGGAGAAUCGGAUUCGACGCUGGACGACCUCUUCCUAUUUCAAGAUGCAAGUUGUUCGCAGUCGUGUCGCAAAGUGGGAAAAGGAUCAUCCUCAGCAGCGAGAAAGCGGUGAUUUUUGCUUGAUCAAUGAAAUGCAAGUUCUGGUCGCCAACGGUUGGGCGCAUGUCUGA